AUGGCUUUAUCAACAGAAUUAUUGAAACGUUUGAAUUCUGAUGAAGAGCCGUUACCAAAACGUUUGAAAUUGGCAGAAAAUGCUUUCUGUACCAGUGAUCUACCAAUAGUACGUAAAGAAGAUCUUAUUCUACAAUGGCUCUGCGAAACAUGUUCCACAGAUGAAAAUGUUUGGAGGUCUAUAAAAAGUUGUUUGAAAACUGAACAUUUGAAUAUAAAGGCCGAUGUGAAAGAAUUGUUAGUUAAUGCACUCAUUGCAAAACUACAAGGAAAUAUAAAAGAUGUACACGAUGAUGUUUUUGAAUGCUAUAGAUUAAUAGUCUUUAAUAAUUCGAUGCAACAAUAUUUCAUUAGCAAACCAGAGGAUUUAGGACUUGCAGUAAAAUCUCUUUUAAUUUAUGCAUUGAAAUUUUUCAAAUAUACCUUUAACAUUCAAGAGGACUCAGCCGAAGGAAUAGAUAUAGAAUUAAUAAUCAAAAGUGAUGGGAUGCUAUCUGUAAUAUAUAAUACAAUAAUUAGCAUUAUAGAAAAUAUGAUACAAAUUUCUAAAUCUGCUUUUAUUGUAAAAGACAAAUUAAAAAUCAUAUUUGUACGUGAUAUUUUAUAUCCUUUGUGCAAUAUAAUUGAUCAUAAGUGUACCAAUAAAACUAAUAGAUUAGGAGCAGCAGCACAUAAAUGCGUUCAACAAUUAAUAUUUGGAAAAAAAUAUGCACAGGAUGCUACAUCUUUUAGAAAUGAAAGUACAACUCAGUUUGCAGAUUUAGUAUCUGCUUUUGCAGAAAAUAUAAAAUCCAAAGAUUUUCAAGCCAAUUUAAGGACAUUUGUUUUUAUUUUUCAUGCAGCAGUAGGUGUAUUUAAAGCUGACAGUGCUGCAUUGGAUUUCAUACUGAGAGAAUUAGUGGAAUGUGCUGGAAUACAUAAAAAAGAAAUUUUAAAUGCUUUGCUGAAGCAUUUAAAUGAUAUAACAUUUAAUUUCAAUAAUAAAGUGCAAGAUGUCACAUUGUUUGACUAUUGUCAGAAUAUAAUGAACAAUAUUUUAUCAAACGACAGUAUGAGUACUAUAGACUAUGAUCUUCUUGCACAAUUCUGUUCUUUUAAUCCUCUUAUAAUUGAGAAAAGAAUUCAAGAGAUAUUGAGAAAAGCAUUUCUGGGAAAUCUAUCCUUGGAAUAUACAAAUUUAAUGGUUUCUAUUUUAAACGCAGUUAUACAUUUGAGACACGAGGAAAAAUUGAUUUCGUUCAUAUUAAUAGCUGUAAAACACUCUUUAAAUACAAUACCUAAUACAAAACUUAACAUGUUUUUUCCACAAGAAUUCAAAGAAAAAUUAAAGAAAGCAGUGAAUAGUACCACAAACUCGCAAGGUGUAUCUAUAUUAAGGACAUUAAUAUAUCACUUAAAGACAGAUUGCAUAGAAGUGUUACGAUCCGAAGAUGCACAUAAAAAUAUAGUUAUUGUGCAUAUAACCAUCGAGUUACUUAUUAUGCUUUUAGACAGUGUAUGUGUUUUUGAGUACACAGGAACAUUGACAUCUCAUCAAAAAUUUAUAAACGCUAUCGACGAUUUGCGAAAUAUUUUAUCGCUUCUGGUAGACAGGAUUUUACACUUAAAUCACGACGAGAAAAUUAUUGUAAUAUUAUUACGUGCAAUGUAUUCGUGGAAUGAGACACAGAAGACUUUAAAAUAUUAUGUACCAAAAGCAGUUACACGAGACUUGAGAUGUCCAAUAUCGCAAGAUCAGUGGCAACAGUUAAUUCAGAGAGUUACAAAUUUUGGCACAGAUAGUUGUAAAAACAGCAUAAAUAAACUUAUUUUACAACAAGCCAAGAUAUCUAAAAAUACAUCAAACGUAUCUUUUAUUACGCUUAAUAGUCUGGUGGGUGGUUUAGAAUACUUUUGGAAGUCUAUGUUGAAAUUUGAUAGACAUGCAAUAUUUCUUUUGAGUGAAAAGGAGAUGCCAAAAGUGGCAGAUUCAUUAUUGAUAGAUAUGACCUCCAGUGAGGAGAGUUUUUCCGAAUGGGUAGAAGUAUUACACAACGACAGCUUACAAGAAAACAAAAGAUUUGUAAUGUGUUUGUUAAGUUCUGUUGUUACACGAAUGGAAAAUUUGAUAACAAAAGGAGCGACAAAGUCUAUAUGCAAACAUUUUGUAAUAAAACAUUUGCUUGAAGAUGAAGGUAUCGAGAACCAGAAACUAAAUGAAAUGGUAAUACAUAUGAAAGACAUCUUAUCGCAGAAAGAGUGGGUUCAAAUAGAGAAUGCAUCGUUGCGUGAAAUAAAAGUGUACUUACAAGUACUGCUUCAUCUACCUCUAAUACACCUGAAUGCCAAUGUAAGAUUAAUAAUAUUCAUCAUUAUAUUCGCUCUUAGGAUAGAGUGUAAUCAAAAUGAGGACAUAAUUUCCUUAUCUAAUGUAAUACUUUCAGAUCUUCUAGAAAAACCUGGUGUUCAUAUAUUUCAAUACAUGGAUCCAUCGUUAUUAUUAUGUCAGUUGUCACACAACAGAAACAUCCAGAAAACUCUGGAAUUAUCUCUUAGAAAUGGUUUAUCAUACACAACUUUAAAGAAACUUAUAAAAGCGUUCGCACAUUCUAAGAAGGAUUUACAGUUUUUACUAGAAUCUGUGGAACAUGUUAAACAAAAAUUAAGUACAGACCAAAGAGUAAUAGUUAGAAAAGCAGAAAUAAAAUUAAGUACAACCAUAAUGAAAAUGUUACCCUCCACUGUCACGGAAAUGAAUGAUGUGAAUAUAUUAAGUUCAAUAUUAAAAAUUAAUAAUGAUUGUAAUGGAAGUGAAAAGAAUGACGUAUUAAAAGAAGGCUUGAAAUUGGCAGUUGUUGUCCUUCAUAAUCGAAAAAUAUUUCAAGUUAAGGAACAAACUAUGAAAGGAAUAUGGUGUGUUCUACUCAAAUAUCCAUCUACACAUGUACUUCUCCCAUUAUUAGAAUCAAGUGAAUCAACAGAACUUCAAGUAUUUUUAGAACAUUUACAUGAUCAAAUGGUAAAAGCAAUCACACACAUACAACCGAAUGACUUAGAGAAUGUUUGUAUCAUAUGGCAAGCUGUAUUAAAAACAAAUAUGUCUCACGAUAGAAAUAGGUUACGUUUAAUAGCAAUUAAAAAAUUAAUUCAGAUAAUACAAGUGUUAAAUGUAUCGGAAGAACUUUGGACAAAUUUAUUGAAAUUAAUACAAAGCAUUCUUGCUACCAAGCAUUUAUAUCUGUCUGGUACAAUUAUCGAUAUGAGCAUAUUUCUUGGAUUAAAAUCAUUGCAACAAUCUACAAUAUUUCCAUGUCAAGAUGCGUUAACAUUGUGUAACAUAUUGUUAAAAAUGAGAACGAACCUAAUUACAGAUAGAUUACCUGCGUUGCUAAUUUUAUACAGACAUAUACUAAAUGUUGUUGUACAUAAGUCCAAAGUUAUGAUAGAUAAAUCUGAACAGCAUAUAUUCAAAUGCAUCGCAUUAGAUAUUGAGAAGUUCACAGGCUCCCUGAUAAAAUUGAAAAAAGACAUGGCAAGAUUAAGUCCUUAUCUGAUAGCGGAUUUGUUGAAAUUGUUUUCAGAAGCUUCUAUAUCAACAUCUGUUAAGGUUACUCUACAGAAUUGUAUAAACUUGUUAAUUGGUAUAUGCGAUCAACAUGGAAUUGCACUACUGUUUCGAAUAUUACCAAUUUCAAUGCAAGAGAUUUUUAAGACCCAACUAGAUGUAUUUAACAAAUAUUAUAAAUUUUCUGGAAAGAUUUAA